AUGCAUAUGUGCAUCCACUAUUGUGUAACAACUAACGACACGGUGGCGAGGAGAGCUGCUGUCCUCGGCCUCGCGGGAGGCGGGUUGGUGGCUUGUGGAGGCCGGGGAGGUGGUCCCGGGUGCGCGGUCGCGGGAGGGUUUGGUGGCGUUUAUUAUAAUAUAUAUUUAUACUAUAGUGAACACAAAAAUAAACAUAAUUCGAAUAAGAAGUGUAGCAUAAAACUAGGUGAACUAAUUAACCACAUUAUUUUUAGGUUGGGCAUUGUGGAUAACAUAAAGCUUCAAGCAACAAAUUUAUACAUGAAAGCAAAUGAUCUUAAGAUAUUUAAUGUAAGGAAGAAACAUUCUAUUUGUGCUGCUUGGUUGUACAUAGCAUGCAGGCAAGCUAAUAAGCCUCGAACUAUAAAAGAGAUUUGCACCGUCACUAACGGAGUUACAAAAAAGGAAAUUUCUCGAGCAAAAUAUUUACUAGUACAACAUAUUGAAGAGAAGAAAAGCGAAUCCAUGGAGAUCAACAGUGUUCGUCCUAGGGAUCUCGUGCGACGUUUUUGUUCAACACUUGGAAUGUCAAACAAAGCGAUUCAAGCAGCAGAAGAAGCAGCAAAUCGAGUGCAGAGACUUGAUAUAAGAAGGAAUGCUAUAUCAAUAGCUGGAACUAUAAUAUAUUUAAUAUCUAAAUCGUUCAUGGAACCACGUGACAAGGUGGCUAUUAAAGAUAUAUGUUUUGUGGCCGGAUUAACAGAAAUUACCAUUAGAUCUUGUCACAAGGAACUUUAUAAUUAUGCUCCAUGGCUCUUAGAAACAUACACAACACAACAUGCAAAGGGAAAAUAAGUAUAGAUUCCAACAUGAUGUCAAAUGUCAUAUUUUAUAGGAACUAUGUUGUACCAAAAUAUAUGAUUAUUGUUUAA